AGGCUUUCUGCUUUCUCCUUCCUUUGCCCGUGGCUGCCUUCCGAAGUAGGUCGGUUGGCGGGCCGUUGGGCGCCGUCUCGCGAUGGGACGCGGCGCGUGAGGAGGGGAGGCGAGUGAAGCCGGGCCCAGGAAGGUGGAGGCGGCGCGCGCCCUUCCCUCCUUGCCUCCUUCCCUCUUCGCCCAGCGUGGCGCCAGCGGCCCUGGGUUCUGCCUGGGCGCCCCGUUCCCUGCUUCCGCCGGCUCCUCUGCCAGCCGCCCUCCCAGCCUUCAGCCAUGCGGGGCAGCCGGGGGGCAUGGACGCCGCCGAGCACGACGCCCUCUCCGCCCGGGAGCAGCUCUUCCACGAAAGGGUCCGGGAGUGCAUUAUUUGUGCCCUUCUCUUUGCCAGCCUCUACAUUCUGUGCUACUUCAUCCUAACUCGCUUCAAAAGGCACACAGAUUUCACCACGGUUGAUGAAGAUGCUGCUGUCAACAGGAUUGCGUUGUGGCUGUGCACCUUCACCUUAGCCGUCUCUCUUGGGGCUGUUCUCCUGCUACCUUUCUCCAUCAUCAGCAAUGAAGUUCUCCUCUCCUUCCCACAAAACUACUAUAUCCAGUGGCUGAAUGGCUCCCUCAUCCAUGGGCUCUGGAACCUCAUCUUCCUCUUUUCUAAUCUCUCCCUGGUCUUCCUCAUGCCUUUUGCCUACUUCUUCACAGAGUCUGAAGGUUUUGCUGGAUCAAAGAAGGGGAUCAUGGCCCGUGUAUAUGAGACAUUUGUGGUGCUCUUAUUGUUGACAUUAUUAAUUCUUGGAAUGGUCUGGGUGGCUUCCGCCAUUUUGGACAAUGAUGCUGCCAGCAGGGAGUCUCUCUAUGACCUCUGGGAGUACUACCUCCCUUACCUCUACUCAUGUAUUUCCCUGUUUGGUGUACUCCUGCUCUUGUUGUGCACACCCUUUGGCCUGUCUCGUAUGUUCACAGUCACAGGGACGCUGCUGGUGAAGCCCAGGCUACUGGAAGAUUUAGAUGAGCAGCUGAACUGCACAGGAUUUGAAGAGGCAGCCAUCUCUCGUAAGAUCAAGUCUGGGAAAACUUCCUGCUGGCUCAGCUUUGACAUGGAAGUGUUGAGACAACAAUAUCUGGCAAUUCACGCACAUCGCAUAACGCUGGAAACGCGCCGCAAAGCUUCAGCCUGGCAACGGAACUUGGGCUACCCAUUGGCCAUGUUGUCUUUGCUAUCUCUGACGGGCAUCUCUGUUCUUGUUGUCUGUUUCCAUGUUUUGGAGCUGCUGCUGGAUGAUGCUGCAAUGCCGAGAGGAAUCCAGGAUGCACCGCUGGGGAAAGUUUCCUUUUCUGUCUUUGGCUCUUUUGGAGCAGCUUUGCAGGUGAUCCUGAUAUUCUAUCUAAUGGUUUCCUCUGUUGUGGGGUUCUACAGCUCCCCUCUCUUCACCAAACUACUACCUGAACGGCAUGAUACAGCCAUGACUAAGAUCAUUGGGAACUGUGUCUCCCUGCUGGUGUUGAGCUCCGCACUCCCUGUUUUGUCUCGUACUUUGGGGAUCACAAGAUUUGACCUAUUAGGUGACUUUGGAAGGUUUAACUGGCUGGGAAACUUCUACAUCGUCUUUCUCUACAACAUGCUGUUUGCUGGCCUGACUACUCUUUGCCUGGUGAAGAAAUUUACUUGGGCAGUACAAGCUGAACUCAUCAGGGCCUUUGGGCUCCACAAGCUGCCUCUCCCUGUGACCCGGUCACACCUCCCAAGUAAGCUCAGCUAGAAUUGGUCUUGAUCCCUGGAUGAGAUGUGACCUGGCAGCCAUGCUUGCCUCCUGUCACAGGGGUAUCCUUACUUUGACCACCAUGAUUGUGCUUCUCCUGUUCUGAGCCAUCAGAUUGCAGCAGAAGAGGGCAGGACACCUUUCCUUGCUGCACCCUCCUUUUGACCAGUGAUUUGACCAAACCGAAGGAUGGGAAAGUGAAGUCUUUGGCGGCUUGGUUUUUGUGUCUCUGCAAUUCAGAAGCCUGAGGAGGAGAAGGAAAACGAGAUAGCAAUUGGCUCAACGUGUUCUGAAUAGCUCACUCGCUUCCUUAAGGCCUCCUUGUCUAUCCGCUGAAGGAGCACCUUGCAGUGGAGACUGCAGAACCAAGGUGGAAGUACUAGAUGUUGGAGAAAGAGGAAUUGGACAAUCCAGAAGAGUGAUACUGGAAGCAAAGCAAAGGUGCAGGCUGUUGGUGAAAGUGCCUGGUGUCCUUCCAUAGUCCUGGCAGAGGAGCCUGCAUUUCACAGCUCUUGCUUCCCCCGUGUUUACAUUUGACAUUGUAUUAAGCCUUGUGUCUUCAUAGGCCUCCUUUCUCUUGCUAAAUCCUGUGGCCCAAACCAGCCUGGUUUGAGUUUUGAGCCAGUUCUGAGUAGCAGUUUGAACUUUGUUCCAUGUUUACAUACCUCACUCAAGUGCAAUACAAGCUGGCGCUACUGGGGCCGUGCUGCCCUGGCUUUCCAUUCAGCUGCCCUUUGUAUAUAUGUUAUAUCUGUUUUGUUUUGUUUAGUAAUAUGUGUUGUUGUUUAUGCUUAAUUCUUCCACCACGGCGGGCAUCCAAGAAAUGCUCCAGUAUUCUGGGUAACUGUAAAUCAGCUUUGCCUUCUUGGGUUUCCUCCUGCCCAGCAGUUAGGGAUGCAGCCCUUUCUGCCUGGCAGAAUGGAAAACUAGCCACCAAUGCCUUCCCUUCAUUCCUGGCCCAUUUUGGACUUAGAGAAGCUCCCUAGAAGAUCAAAACAGCUCCCAUGCUUUCCCCUGUUGUCCAUAAUGCUGGUGGGAACAAAUUCUCCACAGAGAUGGAUUUCAUAGCAAGUCUGUCAAGCUUUUCAUUAAUGCUCUACUUACAUGAAGCUGUUCUGAUUCUCACUACACUGAGAUGUUCUGCCUGUUACUUCACCAUACAAAUCAAGAAGAAUAAAAAUGGAGGGUUGUACUUCCACCACUCCCGACUCUUGGCAGUGAUACUAAGAGAACCACUGGUUGCCUUUCCUCGAUCUAAGGUCACCCAGGUUUAAGAGCAAUCCCAUUAUUGCAUGCAGGGCAUAGAAGAGGACAGGGGUUUAGAGCAGGCAUGGGCAAACAUUGGCCCUCCAUGCAUUUUGGACUACAACUCCUACAAUUCCUAACAGCUGGUAGGCUUUUGGGUAUUGUGGGAGUUGAAGUCCAAAAUGCCUGAAGGGCUGAAGUUUGCCCAUGCCUGGCUUAGAGUAUGAGUUUGCUUGGUGUUGAGGCAGAGAGUGAAAAAGUGAAAAGGCUUAGGUGUGCGAUGAAAUGGAAGUAUGGAAGAGCAGUUCAAGAGGAAACAACUUCCCCUUAGUUCAUUACUCAUAGGCUUUUUACCACUUCCAUUGCUCUCCCUUCAAAGGCGGCAAACAGAUUGCUUUCUGUUGUUGGCAUCUUAACUCCAUGCCAGUGGCUUCAAUAUUAAUGCAUGCCUUGAGUGUUUCAGAAUCCAUGGAUGGUGGCAUGGGCUGUUUAGUCUAUGUAGGCCACUUUCAUCCAGUCCUGAACAAGUGGAACAUGAAGCUGUUCAACCCUCCAUUUUAAUUCCUUCUCUGGUUUCUUUAGGGAUAGUAUUUAGGUAAAAGACCCAAAUUGGGUGAAGGUAUGGGGACAGAUAUCAGAAUGGUGAUUGCAUGCCUGGGAUGGUUGUUCCUCACAACUUUGAAUCUAAUGUUUGGAGUUGUUCCUGCCUGUUUCCUCCACUGUGCUUGUGACAGAACUUCCCUGCUUGGAUGUUGACGUGUGGUUGCCUCAUAGGUGGAGAAUUAGGAGCUGCAAUGUGAUCUAGUCCCUAUAAUCUCUUAAGGUUGGGACUGAAGAAAGUCCUACAUUCUAAACCCAACCCAGACAUAUACAGGGAGCUGAAUAUUGAUUAGUUAGUUAAUUCUAUUGCAGCUACAUAUAUAAUGGAAUUGCAGGCUGAAUGGACCAACCUAAAUGAAGAUGUGUAACCUUUGCCUUCCCACUCCCAACCCCGUGGCUUUUUGGUCUCAGUACUGUACUAUUUUACGGACUUUUAGCCAUGUAAGCAAUAAAUUGCCUGGUGUUUUUA